AUGUCCACCGCAACACAACAGCAAAAGGGGCUGAUUCACACGGCGGCGUGCUUGAUAAUAGGAGAUGAGGUGCUAGGCGGCAAGGCGUACUUUGCCAAAUGGUGCUUCUCGCUAGGGAUCAAUUUGCGACGCGUGGAGGUGAUUGCCGACGACGAGGGCGAGAUUGUCGAGGCAGUCCAGCGCAUGUCGAAGAAUUAUGAUAUGGUGGUCACUUCAGGGGGUAUCGGACCAACACACGACGACAUCACGUACCAGUCCAUUGCCAAGGCGUUUGGCUUGCAAUUGAAGCUACACGAUGCGGCGUUUAAGCGCAUGAAGCAGCUUUCGAAGCCGCACAAGUCGCAGCCAGACUUUAGCUGGGACGUGCCGUCCGCUGCACUAACUGCCAAGAAGCGCAUGGUUGAAUUGCCGCUGGAUGACAAAGUGCCAGACGAGGACCAAGUCAUUUUCGUCAACGAGACGCUAUGGGUACCUGUCAGUGUGGUGAAUGGCAACGUCCACAUUCUGCCUGGCGUGCCGAGGCUGUUCGAAGCCAUGAUAGAUGGCCUGAAGCCGCGCAUUCUUCCACGGUUGACAGACCCCGAGGGUAAAGGCGUGCUGCGCAUCCUCAUCUCCACGCCACUGGCCGAGAGUGCUGUUGCGGGCUACCUCACUGAGCUGGCGGCCAAGGCUGAACCCAAGGGCGUCAAGGUGGGGAGUUACCCACGCUGGGGCAAGGAUCACAACACGGUGACGCUCGUUGGCCGCGACCGCGAGUUCAUGGAGAGUCUCGUGCCAGAAGUCGAAGCAGCGGUCAAGGGACGGCGCGUAUCUGUCGAAGGAGAGGACGACGCGGACACGUCAGACAAGGACUCGUAG